AUGGCAUCCACCGUCGCCUCCGCCAUCCGCCCAAGUCUCCGCGAGGCGUCUUCACGCCAGCAAGCCGGCAGUCCUCACACGCCCACCGGUCGUUUUGUCUCCUCCGCCCAGUCUUCGCCGGGCUCGUACCCUUUUCGUGCCGAAGAGGAUCCCAUUAUCCUCGAGCUCGAUCCUCGCGGCCUCAGUGCCGGUUUUCAGGGCGAAAGUGGCCCACAAUGUUUCGUACCUUUCACCUCACAGAGUUCCAAGCGAGUGGGGGACUAUCGGUCGUUUCUGCCAGGGUUCAGAAGACGCAGGCAAGAUCUCGCAAUGAAGAGCAAGGAGUAUGAGUUGUGGAGAAAUGAUUUGAGGGAUGUCGAUUUGGGUCUGCUUGAGGAUAAGUUGGAACGCGCAGUCCGGGAGGCGUACAACAAAUAUCUGUUAGUGGACGCGGGUACUGCGCGCUUGGUGCUGGUCUUGCCCUCGCUAGUGCCCCAUCCUGUACUUUCGACAGCUCUGACGCUGCUAUUUGAACGGUGGAAGUACUCUACUAUCACGCUGUUGCCGGCACCGACCAUGUCCGUUGUUGGGGCGGGGUUACGAUCGGGUCUCGUCGUGGAAGUGGGCUGGGAGGAGACGGUGAUUACGGCAAUCUACGAGUAUCGAGAAAUCCACGUUCGCCGGAGUGUGCGCGCCAUGAAGGCCUUGACCAUGAAGAUUGGAGCACUAUUAGAGAGUGUCAAAAAGGAACAGGACGAGUCGAUUCGUGAUUCGCUCGUGAUGGAUUUUGACUUUGUCGAGGAAUUCUUGGAUCGUGCUGGUGCAUGUCAUGCAUUAUUUCCCAGCACGGAAGAGGAUCUUUCAGCCAGGACAAAGGCGAUGGAUCUCGAGGACCAACAACAUACUGACGCAUUCGGCGUCGAUACUGCAAGUAUGGUGAUCGACUGGCCAACGGAAACGUCGACUCGACCUAUCCCUGUCUCCAAGCACGCAUUGUGUGAAGCAUCUUUCGACACCCUAGUCACACCAAAGACCGAAGAACACCGAGACGAUCAUGAACAAUCCAUUAGUCAACUUUUGUACACAACGCUCCUGGCCCUGUCGUCGGAUGCUCGGAGCAUUUGCAUGUCAAGGAUCAUCUUCUCAGGGAGGGGUUCAUUUGUGGCAGGCUUAUCGCAACAAGUAUUGGACGCAACCAACACCAUCAUCAGCGAGCACGGAUGGACUCCUGUCCGAGGGAAGCAUAUGAAAGUCAAGCGGAGUAGCCUUGCAGAACUUGCUCAGGGGAGGGCUGUUCCGGCCGAUGCUCGGCAUGACCUCAACCCUCCGGGACCUGAUGACUUUGUUGAGGAACGGCUUUACAAACAGAGAUCCAAGGAUGCGCACCAGCCUGUUGCUGCCAUCCUGCGGCAGGUCGAAUCUCUUGGCCCAUGGGCCGGUGCGAGUCUUGUUGCCAGUUUGAAGGCGAAAUCCUUUGUUGAAAUCGAGAGGGAGAGAUUCCUCUCUCAUGGACUGGCCGGGGCACACCGGGAUCUAGAUCCCGGUGCGCUUCAUCAACAGCGCAGCACAGCAACGAAAGGCGGCGAGAGAACCAGCUGGACACUAGCAGGAUGGGGUUGA